AUGGUUGUGGUGGCUGGUUGGUGUUGGUGGCAACGCCGUGGUGGCGGCGAUGACUAUGAUGACGAUAUGUUUUGUUGGAUCUGGCUCAAGGAAAUUGACCAGGAGUUGUUUGUAGGAGGUUCUAAGGAGGCUGCCGUCAACGGGAUUGUGAUGGCGCUGUUAAGCUGUGUUGAUGGUGGUUAUGGUGCAGGCAUGGAACGCGUUUUUAUUGCCAUCAAGCCAGAUGGAGUGCAGAGAGGACUGAUUUCGGAAAUCAUAUCUCGCUUUGAGCGCAAAGGGCUGCAGCAAUUCCGAAAGCUAAAAAAACGUCCUCCUCCAAUUUCAUCUUCAUCCACACCCCCUAUAUCCCCAAGCAAUCCACCACCAUCAUGGCGAGGCGUCCUAUCCCAACCCCCUCCACCACUGCCCCGGCACAACCCCAUCCCAAAACCACCCACUCCAGAAAUGAAUUAG